ACUGAGAACUUAUCUCUUUGUCCGAUAACGUGGACGACGGUUAUGAAUACUCUAAUUUAAAAUAAUUCAGCAAAUUUUGGAAAUCUUUACAGGAAACUUUUUUAAUUAAAUAAAUUAAUUGUUGUUUGCUUUAACAAUUAUUUGUUAUAAGAAAAGGGUAACGGUAAAGCUAAGAAAUGAAUGCUGAAUUGUUGAGAGAACGUCAAAGAUUUUUAAGUAAAGCAAAAAGUUUACCAGUUGUUGAAAAACGACAAAAAAGAUCAAAACCUGAUGAGAAUCUUAAUAAAACGAAAAAAAAAAUCAAAUCUGAGAAAGCGACCCCUCAAUUUGACUAUAAAACAUCAACUGGAGGCUCACAAUUAAAAUUUAGUAUUUUAUCAAAAAUUGUUAGAUACAUGAGAGAUCGGCAUUUACAAGGAGACAGUCAUGCAUUGAAUAUUGAAGAUAUCCUUGAAGAAACCCAUCAGACUGGGAUAAGUCAAAAAAUAACUCAUUGGCUUGAAAAUGAAGCACUUCCAAAUAAUCCAAAGAUUGAUACUGAAGAAGGAAAGUUGUUUAAAUUUAGACCAAAGUAUCCUGCUAAAGACAAAAAAUCUCUUCGCAAACUAAUGGAAAAAUAUGACAGAGAGGGUAUGGGUGGAAUUCUUGAGGAUGAUAUUAAAGAGAGUGUACCGAACUCCGAAAAAGUUUUAAAGAGUUUAGGUGAUCUGAUUAUUUGUGUUAAAAGGCCUCAUGACAAACAGAAAGUCCUAUUUUACAAUGACAAAUCAGUUGACUUCAAGCUAGACGAAAAUUUCCAAAAACUCUGGAGAUCUGUACCUUUAGAAGGAAUGGAUGAAAAGAAAAUUGACGAAUUCCUUACUAAACAGGGAAUCCAGGCUAUGAUGGAAAUGGAUGGUCCAAAUCAGAAUUCAGCUUUUAAAAGAAAACAGAAAAAGAAAGGAGGUAACAAAAGGAAAAAAACUAAUUAUAAAUCGCAUAAUGAACACAUGGGAGAUAUUCUAAAAGAUUUCAGUUCAAACAACUAA